UCUCAUUCAACCUAUCAGACAGGGGCUGCUCCAUUUAACUCCGCAUGUCAAAGUUUGCAUUUUCAUGACGCAGCAGCACAGGCAGUGUGGAUGGAUUAAAGGUAUGAACAGGAUGCCUUGAGCCCACGACCCCCGUGCCACUUAAUGGGUAAAUCCAUAGUCUACAGAGAAGUGACUACAUGGAUUAAUGCAUUGUAGCGGAUACAUAAAACAUGGGAGACCUGGAGUGUGGCUUUGAGGAAAUGCAAGGAGUGAGACUGGGAUACCUGCUCAUCAAAGGCAAGCAAAUGUUUGCUUUGUCUCAGGUCUUCACCGACCUGCUGAAGAACAUCCCUCGGACCACGGUGCACAAGCGCAUGGAUCACCUGAAGGUAAAGAAGCACCACUGCGACCUGGAGGAGCUGCGGAAGCUCAAAGCAAUAAACACUAUAGCUUUCCACGCCGCUAAAUGCACCCUCAUAUCGCGGGAGGAUGUGGAGGCUCUGUAUUUCUCCUGCAAGACGGAGCGGGUGUUGAAGUCCAACAAAAGGAAAGCGAAAGCGGCGUGUCCCCCGGGGGAGCAGGACGCGUCCCCGGGGCUCCUCGGCGCCGACGCCGAGCUGUGGAAGGAAAAAGUUUGGUUUAGUUUGCACGGCGUCCCGGAGACUCUCACACUUCACAACAAAACGAGCACGGGCAGAGAGCUGACUCCUCGCGUAACCGACUCCAAACUACCUCAGUUUUACCACAAAACCAGCGCGCGGGAUUGCCGCUCGGCCACCAAGUCCAGUCACAGACAUUUUAAAAACUAUGAAACUGCGAAAAUUGCGGGGAGCCGCGUGAGUCUGAGCCACAGGCACGCGUUUUUCCGGAGCGCGGUGAGCCGGCAGCCGGUGGCGCUUCAGUCCGCCAUAGCUGCUCAGCCCAGGCUCUCGCGCUCAGCCGGCGACCUCCUUCACAAAAGGAAGAGGAGGCGCGAGGGGGGCCGGAGCAGGCACGCGCACCACGCACCGCCGGUGCUGCUCGUGCAGCCCAAGUCGUCCGGCGGUCACGGGACUUCUUUCGGUGCGUUCCACCUGGGGCCGGACUUCUACAUCGACCCGCGUCCUCACCAUCAUCACCACCACCAGCAUCAUCAUCAUCACCACCACCAUCACCACGAGCCCGGCUUUCCCGAGAGUUACAGCAGCGACACCGAGUCCAGCUCCUACUCCGACCGGGCGUACCCCGAUUCGGAUUUCGGGUCAGGGUUUUCCACCAGCAGCAACUCCGCGAGUUCCGACGAGGAGGAGGCGGGAGAGGAUGAAGAUGACACGGACAGUUCAGAGGUCAGCUCGGAGGAGGAGGACAGCUCCUCUCAGUCCGACUCCAGCUCGGUUUCGAGCCGUGUUUCGGUCCAGAGCAUCCGGUUCAGGCGCGCGCGGGUAGGCUCAUUCGCCAAAAGCCUCAACACUAAAGCACCUUUGGUCCUGCAGCCCACGUUUCACUACAGCCACCAGCAGCACAGGACGCCGGGGGACAGCAGGCUGGACAGACGCGCAAAAUGUGACUUUUUAUGCAGUGACGCUGGGAAGGACUUGGGACCCUUACAUCCUCCAAAAUUCAACUCCUCCGCUCACGGGGAAAGUAUUUUAACUGAAUGCAGAAGGGAAAAUACAUGUGAGCCAAACAAGAGCGGCCCCGUGGAUGAGGGGGUCCCCUCACCGGGACACAACCGGGGCAAGGCCUGUCACCCCCCACGCAGGACGCCGGGCCUGGUAACACUGUGUGACCAAUACAACGACUCCAAGCCCCAGAAAUGUGCGGACAAAACAGAGGCGAAGGCCUUCAGUCUAAAACUGAGCUCUCCAUUAAAAAAAAUCAAGACAGAGUCGGAGGAGCCCGGCGUGGCGGCCAGCCCCCACCCGAGAGCCAGGACACCACCUUUCAACCUCCACAACGUGAAGAUAAAAGUGGAGGAGAGCUGCGAUGAAUAUGAAUACCAGAGCCAGGCCGGGUCAGUCAAAUGUAAAGGAGAUAAGAGCGAGAGCAGCAGUGGAGAGUUUCCCAGUGGACUCAUCAAGCAGGGGGACUUUUUCAGCGGUGGGAUUAAAGCCUCGGAGAGGAGCCCCGAUGUGGGCCCGGUGUCCCCCAGCAGUCCUCAGGAAUGCAGGAGCAGCCAGGACACCCCGGGCACCGAGGAGGGGGGCCACGGGAGCAAAAUCUGCAGGGCUCCGGCGCAGGGGAAUAAAAAAACUCGAUUUUCCAGGUCACAAUCAAAACAAAACUUGCCCGGGAUCACCAAGUCUGCCUCUUCCUCCUCCUCCUCCUCCUCCUCCUCCUCCUCUUCCUCCUCCUCCUCCUCCUCCUCCUCCUCUUCGUGCUCCCGUCUGGCGGGCGCUGAGGAGGCGUCCACCGAGGAUUUACCGAGCAGACGCAAACGCGGCCACGCCGGUACCGUAGCAUCACCUGCGAAGGCGCCUUUCAGCCUGAUGGCAAAUUUCCCGUCGCCGCCGUCGCUGGUUGUCGGCAGCGACGGGGAUUUGUGCCCCGCUUACUCCCUGAACUCUCUGAGGGGCCCCGGGCCUCCCCCUCCGUCCCACCCCGUGUGGAGGUGGCAGCCGGGCGGCCACAUUCUCCCUCCCCCACAACACGCUCAGAGAACGAGGAAAUACUGAGCCGGGUU